AACAUAACAACAUGCAUGAUGCCGCUCGCAACUGCGCCUGCGCACUCGGUAGACAGCUGAUAACUCAUCUAUUAUGCUACUCGGCUAAUAAAGAGCGAGGAAGCACCGGAGCCGCCGCUGGACGCACCGGAGGAACCGAACCCAAAGUCGUGCGAUGGGAGUUUGUCUCCUCGGGGGAAACAUCGAGCUGAAGCAUCAUCACCAACAGCACCUGAACUGAACACACACACACACACACACACACCUGUGUGCGCCCCCCCCCACCCCCCACCCCCACAACACACACACACACACACACACACACACACACACACACACACCCUCGGGCCACAAAGGGAGUUGUUUUUCAUCUUCAGGUCGGACACUGCCGUCCCACAGUGCAUUGCUGCGUCACCGUCGUCCACCAUGUCGGACGCCCCCGAGGCUGCGCCCCCCAGCCCCCCCACCCUCACCAACCCCUCCCCGCCUGAGGUCACCAACCCCACCAAACCUGGCAGGAAAACCAACCAGCUGCAGUACAUGCAGAACGUGGUGGUGAAGACGCUGUGGAAACACCAGUUCGCUUGGCCCUUCUACCAACCGGUGGACGCCAUCAAGCUCUGCCUGGCAGACUACCACAAGGUGAUCAAGAACCCGAUGGACAUGGGAACCAUCAAGAAACGACUGGAGAACAAUUAUUACUGGAGCGCCAGUGAAGCCAUGCAGGACUUCAACACCAUGUUCACCAACUGUUACAUCUACAACAAGCCCACAGACGACAUCGUCCUCAUGGCUCAGGCUCUGGAGAAAAUCUUCCUACAGAAAGUUGCUCAGAUGCCUCAAGAAGAAGUUGCUCUGCUGCCGCCAACUCCCAAAGGCAAGAACAAGAGCAAGACACCGGCCGCCACCACAGUGAGUCAGCAGGCGGAGUCUUCAGCCUCCCCUCCCCCCUCCUACCCAUCCCCCUCCCCCUCUCAGACACCUGUCAUCUCAACCACGCCCACACCUGUCCAGGCCACGCCUCCAGUCUCUGCUCCGCAGCCCCCAACAACCAUGAUGCCGUCUGCACAGCCUGUCGUCAAGAAGAAGGGCGUGAAGAGGAAAGCCGACACCACCACUCCGACCACGUCGGCCAUCUCUGCCGGUCGUGCCGACUCUCCGUCCGCUCAGGACGCCAAACCGGCCAAACUGGGGUCGUCCCGCCGCGAGGCUGCCGCCCGCCCCGCCAAGGUCCGGCGUGAGACGGGUGAGGAGGUUGUGGGGGGUGAGAUGGGAGGAGGAGGAGGAGUAGGAGGAGGAGGAGGAGGAGGAGGAGCCGGGGGGAGGAAGGGAGGGAAGCUGGGCGAGCAGAUGAAACACUGCGAUGCCAUCCUGAAAGAGAUGCUCUCCAAGAAACACGCCGCCUACGCGUGGCCCUUCUACAAGCCGGUGGACGCUGAGGCGCUGGAGCUGCACGACUACCAUGACAUCAUCAAACACCCCAUGGACCUCAGCACCGUCCGGAAGAAGAUGGACAAAGCAGAAUACAACGAUCCUCAGAGCUUCGCCACUGACGUCAGGUUGAUGUUCUCCAACUGCUACAAGUACAAUCCUCCCGACCACGAGGUGGUGGCCAUGGCCCGCAAGCUGCAGGAUGUGUUUGAGAUGCGUUUUGCUAAGAUCCCUGACGAGGGCCUGGAGGCGUCGGUGCCGUCCACCACACCGCUGGUCAGUAAAAGCACCGCUUCCUCCGACAGCAGCAACAACUCCUCCUCCGACGAAUCGUCCGACUCCGAGGAGGAGCGAGCCACGCGAUUGGCUGAGCUUCAGGAGCAGGUUGGUGCUGCCGAGCAAUCACAGUUGAAGGCGGUGCACGAGCAGCUGGCCGUCCUGUCCCAGGCGCCGGUCAGCAAGCCAAAGAAGAAGAAAGAGAAGAAAGACAAGGAGAAGAAGAAAGAAAAAGGGAACAAGCCCAAGAUGGAGGAAGACAAGAAGCCAAAGGCCGCCGCCCAGCAGCCCAAAACAGCCAAUCAGAAGAAGGCGCCGGCCAGGAAAGCCAACAGCACGGUGACGGCGACCAGGCAACCCAAGAAAGGCGGCAAGACGUCCGGUGGCGGCUCGGCCAACGGGGAGGACGGCGAGGAGUCGUCGCUGCCGAUGUCGUACGACGAAAAGCGACAGCUGAGUCUGGACAUCAAUCGGUUGCCAGGGGAGAAGCUUGGCCGGGUCGUCCACAUCAUCCAGUCCAGAGAACCGUCGCUGAGAGACUCCAACCCCGACGAGAUCGAGAUCGACUUUGAGACGCUGAAGCCGUCCACGCUGCGCGAGCUGGAGCGCUACGUCAAGUCCUGUCUGCAGAAGAAACAGAGGAAGCUGCUGCAGAAGGCAGCAGGAGGCGGGGCCUCCGGAGGCGGGGCCAGCCGAUUGAGUGGCAGCUCUUCUUCCUCCUCUGAUGACAGCUCCUCAACAGGAACCUCCUCUUCCUCCGACACAGACUGAACAAACACACACAAACACACACUCACACACGUAAACUUCCAUCACACACAAAGACAGAGAUACACACUCUGAACUUCUUCACACACACACACACACACACACACACCCAGACUUGGAGACUGUAUGUAAAUAGGCGAACCUGUUUUUUAGAUUCUAGUGUCGUUGUUUUUUUUUUCUUCCUGGAGGAAAACAGACAGAAGAGAAGAAGAAGAGGAAGACGAGCAGCCUGUCUGUCUGCCUGCCUGCCUGUCUGUCUCUCCUCUCUGAUCCAUCAAGACUUUCUUCUUCUUCCUCUUCUUGGACGGCCGGCUGUGACCCCUUACCUCUGAAAACAUUCCAGAAGCAUCUGUAAAGCAUCGAGGAGGAAGAGGAGGAGGAUCUCAGUGGUUUUUAAACGAUCAACCUGUGACCUGGUUGUGAAGCGUAGUCGCUGAGCAAUAAUUGAAAAUGAGGAAAUGCCUCCGAGACAAAGUUCAGGGCAUCAUGGGACAUAUAACGGGACCCUGGACGCUAACGGUGGUCCACCCGGGUCCGUCCGGUCUGAGGGGUCGAAGGUCGUCGGAGCGUCAGAAUGUGACCAGCUGUUGCUGAGGGAUUAAAGUCACUUUGACCUGAGACACGAUAUUUAAAACAUGUUCAUCAGCUGACAUCGCCAUGACGAUGUCAGUUGACUGACGUCGUCAUGAUGACGUUCUCCUGUAACAUGAUGUCACUGAGUUUAGUUUCCUGUUUGGAGGCGUUGUUGAUUAUUGGUUAUUGAUCGGAGACGGUUCAGUGAUUAUUGAUCCGUCAUCGACCGAUCGAUCAGCUGAUUGAUCAGUUUCCCUCUGAGCCGGACUCGUCCUCUGGUUCUGCCCCGGGGACAGUAGCGGGGGGGGGGGGGGGGGGGCGGGGUCACAGACCCAGGACCUACCUGCCUCCCUUUUUUUUAAACACUACAUUUCCUUUAUUUUGUUUCCUUUUGAUUAUUUUCAGGUUUUGUGCCGAACUCGUUUGUGUCUAUAUAAAAUGUUGGAAUCCCGCACACCUGUACGUGUACCGGGCGCCCCCACCUCCUUCUGAAGGUCAGAGUUCAAACGUAGACGACGUCUGCUGAGAAAAUAAAUGUCUGGAGGUUUUGAUCAGGAACUUUUCUUUUCUCGUUUAUUUUCUAAAUGUUUCUUCAGCAGAAUUGAACACUUAGUCUUUAGUGAAGUGUCGUCUGAUUGGCUCUCCGUUUUCUGACAUCACACCACGCCUCCACAAUUCUGCUCUCACCUUAUUGGUUUGAUGAAGUCUGGUCUCAGAUCACUAGGGGGCGGGGCUUUAGACCUGGACUGCAGUCUGCUCGGUUGUCAUGACGACGUUUCAGUGGAAACUUUUUGAAACUCGUUGAAGCAACAAAACAAAAGUUCAGUUUUAUUUUGGACAUUUUACUAAUUAAUAAACAAUCAACACACGUCCCCUCAGUGUGACAGACAGGUCGACGGACAGACAGGUGGAAGCUUGUUGCCACGGUAACCUCUUUGUUUUAGUUGAUGGUCGAACCUUCGAUGCUGAUAGUUAAUUUUUGUAUUUUAAUAAGAAAAAGGAAAAAAGUGAUUUUAUGUAUUUGCAUGCGUCCGGCCGUAUGUUCUUCUUCCAUAUGUUUGAGCACUGUACAGUAUCUGACCGCCCCCCAGAGAGACAGAGUGAGUGAGUGAGACAGACGGGGAGAGAGAGGAAGUGAGUGAGUGAGUGAGACAGACAGACAGACAGUGAGUAAGACAGACGGAGAGAGAGGGAGUGAGAGGGAGACGGGUAGAGGGUGAGACAGGGAGGACGAACCAACAAAAUCCAACCAGUGAAUCAUUUGAUGUAAUUUACUGAUAUGAUCUUAUUUUCUGAGUUCAUUUGUUUUUCAUAAAUAAAAACAUAAACUGA